CUUCUCCAUUACCAGUACGCUGGAGCGCCGGGCCAGGCUGGAGUUGCGGGACUUUUCGGCGAAGAAGGUUUUGCAGUUUGACCGACACGACUUGGCGGGGCGUGUGGGGUCGACGACCUCAUCUACAACCGCGAGCGACGAGAAGGACGUCACGCGCUACGAAACUUUCUUACCGCAGGUGAAAGUGGUGGGCGCAGACAGCGAUGGCCAACGUUCGCUGCCACCAGAGGUUGUGGAGAUGUAUGACUACGGUGGCUUCACAGAAGACGAGGUUGAGGACGUGUUGGUCUUCGACCUGAUCGCAAAUUUUUUGCACAAACCUUUUCUGGAGUGGCUUGGCGGAGAGCUCGCACAAAAAGUUGCCACCAUGUACGACCUGAAGAUGAGGUACCGCUGGUUUCAGGAAAGGUUGCAAGCGUUUCUGGACAGCGGCGCAACGUCGGGGCCGAGCAAAAUGCAACUAGCGGCUUUUGUGAACGUGGAUCUCGGCGACACAGAAAGUGUGCCCAGAAUGAACACCAAAGAGGCGUAUCUUGUUGCGACCGACAGGGGCGCAAGGGUGCGCGCGAUUCACGACUACGAUCGCGGACUGGAGGUGGUUUCGGCAGUACAGAAAAAGGCAGCAAGGGUGGAGCAUAUGCUCGACAACUUUGCAGAAGCUGCGAAGCUGUCGUUUUUGAAAGCGCGGAUUGCGGGUUUUAGCAAAUUUUUUCGCAGCUUCGAGAUAGCGGUCCUGUGUCGUUAUUUUGACGUAGCCUCACCGCGCGACGCCAGUUUCGAUGCGGGAACCAUAGGGGUAGGUCUGGCCGGGGUCGACGAUACGCCCGAAGCAAGGCGGAGCGGUCUUAUCAAGCGGUUCUGUAGCUCUGAACCUUCAGUCUCGCCAGAGGUGGAGGCAAAGAUAGAAAGACUGCGCACUGACGGUGGCCGGUCUUCUGGUAGAAAGAUGAAGAACCUCCGAUUCCACAUCGUGAAGUGGCUCAAGGACCUUGAGCGGGCGGAGAUGGUUACACCGAAAACAGCUGCGCUGGCAAAGCGUCACUUUCUAGAGGGCAUACCAGGGCGUAGCGUAAAUGAGGGCUUCUUGGCACAACUACGCAACGAGAAACCUUUCCGGGUUACUAGCGACCCUGGAAGGAGAGCGGAACUGCUUGAGUCUCAUGGGCUGGUCCUCAAUUAGAGUGCUAUCGAUCGCCACCCCGCGGCGGCUUCCUCAAACACCGGGAGGCGGAGCGCGGCCGUCGAGGGCUUUAAACCGGAGGCGGAAGAACAGGCACCGCAGGCGGAGGCCCUGCACUAGUGAGCUUGGCGGGGGGGAAAAUUUUUGCGAUUUUUGAAUACGAAUACCAAUUUUGCCGUUAUAUUCUUGAAAACAUCUUCAUGUCUUGUAGAUCAUUAAGCCAAU